CCGUCACUAUAUCCAAGAGCCAGGGUAUCAUUCAGGGUGGCAGAACAAACAAACUGGCGAUGGCGUGGCGGAAGCCAUAGAGCCCGCCUCCCAGCAAAAACCACCCAACGGUCAUCUACAGUUAUCUGAAAGUUUUUCCCGUCUACAGAGACCACUGAGUGAACCAAGUCGAAAUUACCCUCAAGCGUCUGCAUCUCCAAGCUGGACUUGGCAUCCCAGAGUUUGAUUUUGAAAUCGUCCGAGCCUGAGGCUAACAUAAGGCCAUCUACUGAGAAGGCCACCGAGUAAACAGGGGCUGAAUAACCAUUAAGUGCCCGGGGCUCCAAGCCAGUCUUGGUGUCCCAGAGCCUGACCAUGUGAUCGUCUGAGCCUGAGGCUACCAUCAGGCCGUCUGCUGAGUCUGAGGGUCGCUGCAAAAACUUGAGCUGUGGUAAAGGGCACCUCUUCCAAACUGUCACCCAAGCUAGUGCGGCUGACGGACGUUUGCUUUUUCUAACUUGCCCCACUUCUUGAACCUGAUCCCAACCCCCUGCUAACUAACACUGUCUGGUAACACAGACAAAGAGAGAGGUAAGGAAAAGAUUUAAGAACUUCUAGAGUGAAGUUUACAAGCAAAUAAAGCCACCAUCUUUGAAUCCCUCCCAAGACAGUAUAACGCACUAAAGACAUCCCAUUCUCUCUGUCUGGUUUAAUUAACAACGACAAUGAGCAGCGAUCAGCCUAUGACCCUGAAAAUCAAGGCGGACGCCAUGGAAGCUGACGAAAACGAAGGUGACCUUACUAGGAGCAUUCAAAGAUACUUUCAAACAUCAACGUUCUCCGACUUGAUAAUAGUCACCAAGGACCAGAAAUUUGAAGUGCACAAAUUAAUUGUCUCUGGGCAGUCAGAAUUCUUCUCUCGACUUUUCAACCACAAUUGGAAAGUGAGCUGAUUUUAAACCCUAUUACGAGCGCACUCAAAGCUUAUUCAGAUUUGUCAGGAAGUAAUAGAGAAUAUUAUAAUACUUGAGGACGAUGAUCCUAGAGCCCUAGAAGCAAUGAUUCACUUUCUAUGGAUUUAAUUAUGAUAGCAGUAGCAGCGACCAGGGUUGAACCUCU